UAAUUUUUUUCCCCUGAGAAUUCUCUGAUACACUUUUGUUUCAGGUCGACCGUUUCUUCUUUCUCAUAGGCACACAAAACCACCCUCUCAUGUAUCAGUUGCAGAACAUCUUUUGAAAUUUCUGAAUCAAACUCAGAGAGAGAGAGAGAGAGAGAGAUAGCGAAGUGAAGAGAAACAUGUUCUACUCGCACUGUUUCCUUUCUAGGAAAGGGCCUUUAGGAACCAUAUGGGUCGCUGCUCAUUGUUUCAAAAGGGUGAAGAAACACCAAGUUGCUCAGAUUAACAUCUCUUCUUCAGUGGACAAGAUAUUGGUAGAUGAAGUUCCUGUUGUCACAUAUAGAGUACUAGGGCACCUUCUCCUAGGUGUUGUGAGGAUAUACUCAAAGAAGGUUGAGUAUCUGUUCCAUGACUGCCGUAAGGUGCUGGUUAAAGUUAAUGAUUUUGCGGGUAGCAAAAUAACUAAUGUGCAUAUUCAAGCUAUGUGCCCACCUUAUCUCUCCAUCACUCGACCAAAAAGGUUUGAACUCGAUGCUUUUGAUCUGCAGAUAUUGGAAGAUGGAAGCGGGGUCAAUGAAAGACCUGAUGAAGAUAUUAUGCUUCCAGAUGCAAGGCAAAAUGACGGCGCUGGACAUGACUCGUUUGACAAGUAUCACUCUGAGGAAGAUGCUGCAAAUUUUGAAACUUACACUCCGGUUAAAGAUGUUCUUUCACAUUACAUCAUGAAGAAUGACAUGAUGGUGGCAAGUGCAUCACAUAAUUUAAGCAAAGCAAGCAUAGAGAAACUUAGAGGCAAUAUUUUUUCACUGGAAGAACGUCUGGAUCCUAUGCCACUUGGUGAGUGUGAGGAAGAACCAGGUAUUGUUAGACCAUUGGGUAAGAAGUAUCAGAUUGACACAGAGCAGAUAAAGUUUCCCGACACUGAAACUGUUAGGGCUGAGGAGAACCCCCCAGACCCUAUUAGAUCAUUUGAUCAAGAGCAACAAAUGAAUGCAGAGCAGAUAAAAAUCCCAGAAAUGAUAUCACCAGAAAGCGGAAUGUGUCGGAUAAAUACAGAAGACCACCUGGAACCCAUUACUGUUGAUGUAACUUUCCAGUCCAAGUACCCAAAUGCUUCAGGCGCCACUACACCAGAGGUCAUGGUUGUUCCAACUCCAGCUGCUAAGGAGCAAGCUAGAGUUUCAAGGAAGAGAAGGUGUUUGUUUGAUGACAUCAUCGUGUUGCCUAACAAGGUACUUAAGGAAAGCAUUGAUGACUCGAGUGACUUGAUUUGUAAACGAAGGAAAGCUCCUCAUACUUCUCUCCAUGCCUGGAAGGCGUAUCAAAUUUCAAAUCUCCCUCACACUUUCUCAGAGUCUUUGAUUCCUUGUAUUUCAUCAGAGCUCAUAUCUCUCUUCUGCAGAAAGAAAUUAAAAACCCGAGAGGCAGUUGAAACCGUGGAAGCUUCUGAAAAAUUAGAUAUAUUAAGUCCAGAUGCAGUUAAAACUACGGAAGCUCCUGAAAAAUUAGACAUAUUAGGAUCCCCAACUGUUCAUAGAUCUUUGGAUGAAACAGAAAUUGUUGCUCCUUCAACACCUGUUACCCGCUCAACUCCUCCUUUGAGGUUGCAAGAGGCUCUUGAAAUUACUAAGUUGGAUAGAGUGGGACCCUCAAGAUCAUUUGAAAGCAUAGAGAAAGAGUCAUCUGAGGAUAAAGAAUUUGAUUUUAGCCUGCUAAAUGAGGAGAUUAAUUCAUGCGAAGGAGUUAGUCACGAAACGAGUGAAUGGUCGGUCAGAACCAGAAUGCUAGCAAGGUACCUGCACAGAAGCUUUCUACAUCGAAAGAAACAAAGAGAAGAUGGGGUAGUGAACUUAUCGCAGGUUCUGAAACGGAAAACCAAGGGCGAAAGUGCAAGGGUAUUCUACGAGAUACUGGUUUUGAAAACGAAAGGAUGUAUAGAUAUGAAGCAGAAUGCAGCCUAUGAUGACAUACUUGUACUAGAAACUCCAAAGUUGCUGCAAUGUUGUGAAGCUGAUGUGAAGUAAAAUGCUAGUGGGGAUCCAAAGCUGUAGGGUCUAUCUGUGUUUAAUUAACAAAAUAUGUAUCAUCUCAUGUACAUACAUCAGUAGUUGUUAGAGAGAGUUUAGAAUUUUGCAACCCGGAUAGCUUGUAUAUUAAAUUAUCAGGUGUAAGAAUGUUUAUUUAAGUCCAGUUUUAACUAUUGCCUAGUAAUGGUCCA